GUCGCGCAGUUCAAGCGGUACAUGGCAGCUCUGGCAAUGCGCGGGUCGGUCGAGGAGCUGUUGGUGGGGCAGGUCAUCCCUGUCUACGAUCACCUGUGGCAGGCGGCGGGGUUCACUGCGUGCCCGAUCAACUUUGAGAGGGCCCAGGUCAGCGUGUCGGCCAUUCGAAGGAUGGCAGGGAACAGCUUCAACCAGUGCUGCGCGUGCGCCUUCACCUCGUUCAUCAUGGCCAACUUGGAGCCUUCAGCAUUUCAGCGGAUUUGA